GGUUAGAAGGGCGCAGUACUUUGUGCCGGCUCGUAGCUGUGGAUCUUCAUCAGCCUAAAGCCUGUUUUGUAGUGUACGGUCCAGUCUUUAAAAACGCUCAAAAGUAAAUGCAGGAAGGAGCUCACGCUUUGAGCCUAGAUGGGGUAUAGUUUGGUCCACAGCUGGAAAAAGGAAAAUGUGUUACAUCAGUGACUGGCCAAAGCGUUUCCUCAAAACAGUUCUGCAGCACCUCAGCCGCUAUCAGGUGGACCUGCUGAUUGACAAUGCAGCAGAGAAGGAUUACUUAUACGAUGUCCUCCGCAUGUAUCACCAGUCUAUGGAUUUGCCAGUGUUGGUGGGGGACUUGAAGCUGGUGAUCAAUGAACCAAAGCGUUUGCCUCUGUUUGAUGCCAUCCGACCCCUUAUUCCACUCAAACAUCAGGUCGAGUAUGACCUUCGCACCCCCAAGCGGUCACGGAAGCUGAAAGAGGUGCGACUGGAUCGUACCCAUCCUGAUGGACUAGGUCUCAGUGUCCGAGGAGGGUUGGAGUUUGGAUGUGGUCUUUACAUAUCACAGAUUGUCAAAGACGGUCAGGCUGGAAAUGUCGGCCUUCAGGUUGGUGAUGAGAUCGUGCGCAUCAAUGGAUAUUCCAUCUCAUCCUGUAUCCAUGAGGAGGUCAUCAGUCUUAUCAAGACUAAGAAGACUGUGUCACUCAAAGUUAGACAUGUUGGGAUGAUCCCAGUAAAAAGCUCGUCAGAUGAACCCCUCAAGUGGCAGUUUGUUGAUCAGUUUGUAUCUGAGUCUGGGGAGAAAAAAAGCAGUGUCGCAGGCUUGGCGUCCAUUGGAGGGAAAGAGAUCAAAGAGAAAAAGGUUUUCCUCAGCCUUGUGGGCACUAAGGGUAUGGGCAUCAGCAUCUCCAGUGGGCCAACCCAGAAACCUGGCAUCUACAUCAGUAAUGUUAAGCCAGGCUCCCUUUCUGCAGAAGUUGGACUGGAGGUCGGAGACCAGAUUGUCGAAGUGAACGGGGUGGAUUUCACUAAUGUGGACCACAAAGAGGCUGUAAGAGUCCUGAAGAGCAGCAGAAGUCUGACUAUUACUGUUCUGACAGGGGCUGGCAGUGAUCUAUUCAUGACGGAUGAAGAGCGCCUAGCCACGGAGGCCCGCAGGGAGCUGGAGAGGCAGGAGCUGAUGCACCAGAAGCGGGUGGCACUGGAGACCAGUAAAAUGCUUAAAGAGCAGCAAGAGAAAGAGAGGCAGAGGAAGAUGGAAAUAUCUCAGAAAGCUGCAGAGGAAGAAGAUCGCUAUAAGAAAGAAAUGGAGAAGAUUGAUGCUGUGGAAAGGAAGCACAACAGAGAGUGGGAGGAAGACUGGGGAACAAAAGAGAGGUCUAAAAGCCCCAAGAGUCCUCGCAGUCCAAAGAGCCCGUCUCCUGCUCGACCAGAUUUACAAUCCUCUCCGACCCCAAAGUCUAAGAGUUCUCCAUUUGGCUGGUUUUAUCGAUAUGAGGGGAAACUGCCUUCAAUCCGUAAGAAAGGGGAAAAGAAGAAGAAAAAGAAAGUCUCCAAAACAGACACACUGCAGGAGCAAAGGAAAAGCAAAAAAGAGAUGGAGUUUGAACUGAAACUAGCCAAGGAGAAAGAAGAGAUGUACGAACGAGAGAAGCAACUGAAGAUCAACAGGCUGGUUCAAGAGGUUUCAGAGACGGAGAGAGAGGACCUCGAGGAGUCUGAGAAAGUGCAGCACUGGGUGGAGCGUCUUUGCCAGACUCGGCUGGAGCAGAUCUCCUGUGUGGAAAACGAAUCCCCAGAGUUGUCCCCUCCACGCUCUCCUCCUUCUGAGCCCAAGGUGAAACGUUUCCCUGGCGGCCUCCACUUGGCCACCACCGAUCUGGAUGACAUCAACUUGGAUGAAGUAGAUCAGAGCCUGAGGGGUCCGUUAAAGAAACUUGCACCAACUCAACCCAGUUCAAACCAGCCUCCCCCUCCCUUGCCUCUCCCUCCACCCUCCCCUAAACUAAUUCCAACCAUCCCCAACUACUCACCUCCUUCCACCAGAGUGUCUCCACAUCGCCGGCCACCCUCACCACCAAGUGCAAGAAAGCCUCCUACUGCCCCAUCUACCAUGACCACCAAGGGGCGCCGUCCUCACCCUCAUCAAGCCCAACACCCUCAUUCACCUUCCUCUCACUAUCCUCCUCCAUCUCAGUCAUCAUGGCCUCCUUCAUCCCCUCGGCCUGCUCCACCGCCACCCCCUCCCCCUCCUCCACCACCUCCUCCUCCUCCUCAACCCACACAACAUUUCAAAGAAAGAGACGGCACGCUGAGCGGGUACCGCCACCAUCAUUACCAAAACCAGCACCCUCCCAGUCCUCCAGAGCAUAGGAGCGAAUGGGAAACAGGUGGAUAUCUCCCAAGAGGAGGGAUUUACUCGUCGAACACUAGUGAGAUGUCCUACCCCUCGAGCCCCAAGGUAAUGAGAAAUACUUCCCAUGCCAGUCGUGUGUCGACUUCAAGCAAUCCUUUGCAGCUUGCUCCUAGUCCCCCCAACAAGAGGCGUCAGAUGGCCCCUGUUAUGUCCAAGCCUGUCAUGCUGCCACAGUCUCAGACGCACCGGCCCAAUCCGCAUAGACCUGCACUACGUUCUGAUGGCCUGCCCCCAGAAAUGCUAAAACGGAUGGUACCUUACAACACGUCUUUUAAGUCAAACAACAGACGACAAGUAAUACAUGUCUCUCACCACCUCUGUUAUAGUCUGCUGUGCUUUCUCUCUCGCUCUGCCCACGUUCACACAUUUGGAAACCUGAUGUGUGACUCCCCACAGUUUUACUUUAUUUUUCUUUGGUACAAUCUCUUGUGGCUGGAUGAACAACUACAGUGUGUGUCCAGUUCUGUGGCUUAUGCAUAAUUCCAGUUUUCUUCAUUUGGAACAGUAGGCAAAUAUGGAAAAAAUGUAGAGUGUUCCCAAUGUUUGCAGCGUGUGGUUUGUUUUUUAAGGUGCUUCCCUGUCAGGACACUGUGUUUUUGUAUGAGCCCUAUUAACAUAUGGAGCACCUGCAGCUCACUGACAGUCUGAGGACAUUCAGGUUCCUCUGGCAAUCACUAAAUCACAAUUAAUCAUUUGCUCUGACAUUAAUUGCUGUUUUCAAACCCAGCAAAUAAAAUAUACAAAUGACAAAUGAAUUAAUUUUUUUUAAAUGUCAAACAAAACUCUGCAAACAGGAUAUUAAUGUAGAUUAAUGUGUUUAUCCUGCAUGGGGGGAACGGAUGUGUGACUCAUCAGAUUACGUUUUGGCAUUUUUUACUGCUUUCUGUGUGCACUCAUGUUGGGUGUGUGUGUGUGUUGCUGUGGAACAGAUUUUUCGAUGAACAUGAUUAAGGACGGAGUCUGUAUACACCAGUAUGGUUUUUAAAUUAUAUUUGUGAUCAUCUCUACAGUUUCCAUUAUUCCUGGUUGGUAAAGGUUGUCAAA